AUGGUGCAUUCUAACCGUCGCAACCACCGUGAAUUGGAUGUCGCCCAUUCUCUUGUCGAUAUGGCACACGUUCCAGGCGUGAAUGAGGGCAUAGAUGUAAACACCCAGCCACAGCAACCCAACCAGCAGAGACGCUCUACCACCAGACUUCAGAAUCAGAGAGGGGCUAGGGCAGGAGGAAACACCAACAACAGAAAUGCCGCUGGUAUUCGUCGAUACCCUCAGCUCAGGCCUGCCAACGUAUCGAUGGGACUCAGAAUUCAGAACCCGGCUCCUAUGAACAUGAACAACGGAAACCAGAGUCUACAAUCCCACCUCAUACGCCAGCAAAUUAUCGCUGGAAUAGCGCCUGAAAACAUAAUGACCAUAAACCAGCAGCAGCCACAGGCAAAUGGCAGCAGGCAGCCUACACCUAACUUGGUCCAAAUUACCAACGAAGGCGUGUCUUUUCCCUCUGUAUCUCCAGCAACCUUCACUCCUCACAUUUCAUACCCGAACCCCCCUGGAAACGUGAAUGAAGCAAUAUAUCGUCCGGUUGCUCAUCCUGGACGUUAUGGACAGUUCUUGGAUGUACCUGAUGUCGGGCCGCAACCUACUCUCGAACACCGUACAGCCCCUAUUACAUGGGAAUCCGUGGCUCCUAACUUUCCCUGGGGACAUCCAGCAUAUCCUCCUCCAGCGCCCAUGGGUACGAACACUCCGAGAGUCGCCGCACACACCCAGAGACCUUACGGGUAUCAGUCAUCUCCCAAUCACCUUGCGAGCAACUUCAACCCGAACCAGGCUGGCUAUGGAGGUGCACCUGUCGUUAAGGACGAAGUGGAUGUGGACCAGGGUCAGCAAGGCAUGCCACCAUACCCGAACCCAAGCCUUGAUUGUGGAUUCCCACCUGGAAUAAAUGGUCCCUCUCAUCCCUUUUCGGUCCAUCCGAAGACUGAACCAGACGCAGACCAGCUUCUGCAGAGCAUUCCAGACUACCCAGUUCCUCCCUUUGGUGGUGGAUUCCCUGAUUCAAUCACUGGUCAAACACAGGGCUUUCAUGUUGUUCCAAAGGGCGAAACAGACAUAGACGAGAUUUUGAAAAGCAUAACGAACUACCCGAUCCCUAAUCUUGAGAUCCCUAAUAUUGAGGAUGGACUUUCUGGCGGAUUGAGUGGUAAUACACAUGGCUAUCCUGUUGUUCCGAAAGGCGAACCAGAUGUGGUCCAGCUUCAGCAGGACAUGUCUGGCUAUCAAUUCCAGUAUUUUGAUCGCGGACUCCCCGCUGGACUCAAUGGCCAUACACACGCCCCUCCUGCUGUUCCAAGAAUCAAACCGGAACACAGGCUUAGCUUCACCGAGCCAUAUGGGAUGGGAAGACUUGCACGUCCUUACACGCCCCAGGCCUAUAGAUCCAUGAGCACCGGGGUUGGCCAAGAUAGAAGUCAGCACCCGAGUGUUGUAGGACUAGAUGGGCUUACUGUGAUUCAGUGGCAGCCGCCUCCGAGUCCGGAAUUGGUAAAAUCUCGGCACCCUUCUGCUGCGCCUGAAGACGAAAAGGACCAAAAGCCUGCCGGAAAUGACGCGUUACAGACUAUUAACAUCUUGCACACCAUUAUGACUCACCCUGAUAUUGCUUUACGAAUCACCGAGAAUCUCGGCAUCAAAGACCUCAUCAAUUUACAGAUCACGUCAAAGGCAUGUCGUACAUUCACCGUCAAGUAUCUCCCGAAAAUCAUUCGACUCCAAGCUCUACACAAGUCCAGAGUGGCGUGUCAUAUUUUUCCAUGGAGAUGUUACCAACGCUUGUGGUUUAAGAGGCCCGUGCUAGAAUACGAUGCCCAGCGCCUUUCUGGACUUCAUCCAAACGAUCCUGUCACAGCCUACACCGUCUCCCUCCGCUGGUUGCAAAUGGUCAGGUACCGCGACGAAACUGUCCACUCCAUCAUACAUGCCCUCACAAGUGCUGGUUAUGGCUUUCCAUAUCGUUACAAGCCCACCAUUUUCAAGCUAUGGUUCUUGAUGGAUAUCCCCGACAUGAAACGCCGAAUGUGGACGAUUCAGAACAAAAACCUCUGGACAGACCUCGACCUCUUCAUGGCAACUUUGUUCAUUGUGCGUAUUGACUUGUACGUCAAGACCGCUCGCGACAACGCCAGUGGUGGCCAGAGACGCCUCAUCAUGGCUCAACCUGGUCUCAAAUUCUGCCUUGAUGUGCUAAAUGGAAUCAUCUUGAGAACAGAAAUGGAACUUCUCAAGGAACUGGUUCGCUGGCGUUACAACCCUCUCCCUGGUGAGAUCCUUCAAGGCGAUUUCUUCGGUGUGCCGGCUGCUGAGGUCGGUUCAUUGCAAUACGAAUAUUACGGUAAGAGCCAGCGAGAUGUGAAUAAGAAACUACAGCGUCCAGAUCAAAUCGUGCUUCUUGAGGCACGCAGGCGACAGCUUAAUCUCAAUGACAUGUACCAGCGUAUCUUUCUCUAUGGUCAGCCGCAGGAAUUUACGGUGUGUGACCGGCCGAAUAGUUUAUGGGACGAGGAGAUCAAGAGAGCGGCUCACAACCCUGAUGUCCCCCUUCAGGAUAUUCUGAGAUUGGAUUGA